AUGAAAACUCUAUGUUUGAACUGCCGGGGUUUGGGGCAACCCGAGGCAGUUCGUGAACUCCGUAGCUUGGUUGAGCUACAUCGCCUGCAACUGGUUUUUCUUUCUGAAACAAGGUUGUUCGAUGAUAAGGUUGAUGUUUUGAGGAGGGCUUUGAACUUCCCGAAUGGUGUUGGGGUUGGAAGUUUUGGCCGAGGCGGCGGAUUAGCCUUGCUGUGGACUAAGGAGCUUUGUGUGCAGCUGCAAACGUAUGAUAAGCUGCAUAUUGAUGUCAUGAUCAUGGAUCCUGUAACAAAUUCUGAGUUGUGGCAUUUUACUGGCUUCUAUGGGGAUUUCAAUGAGAUUCUUGAUGCAAGUGAACAAUUUGGCGGAGUGGGGAGAUUGGAGCGCCAGAUGGAUGGAUUCCGAGAUGUAGUUGUUGUGUGUGGCUUCCAUGAUCUGGGGUAUGUUGGCUUGCCCUACACUUGGGAUAACAGACAGAAGGGUGAUAAGAAUAUAAAAGUGAGACUUGAUCGUGCUCUCAUGACGUCAUCCUUCUUGGACAUGUUCGCUGAUGUUUUUGUGCGGCAUAUCCAGACGAUGGAAUCUGACCAUUAUUGCCUACUGAUUGACUCCCGGUCUCAACUCAGGCGGAAUGGGUUGGGUUUUAAAACUUUCAAGUAUGAGAAUAUGUGGCGACGAGAUCCGUCGUACAAGGAUGCAGUUGAGUCUUCUUGGGGAACUGGUGAGGAUGUGCGAACCUUAGCUCAGUUUCAGUCAGAAAGGAAGUUGAUGGCGAGACUGGCAGAACUGUUGAGCCGUGAAGAAACAAUGGAAAGGCAGAGAUCUCGUAUCAAUUGGCUCAAAGAUGGAGAUCGGAACACCAAAUUUUUCCAGGCUUUUGCAAGGGAAAGAUCAAGAGUAAAUAAAAUUACCGGGCUCCGGACGUCUGAUGGCCUUUUGGCCACGGCCCAGUCGGAAAUGGAACGUUUGGUGGUCUCCUUCUAUAAGGAUCUUUUUUCAGCCCAAUGCAACUCUGAACCUGAUGAAGUGCUGCAGCAUGUCAAGGCCCGAGUAACUGAUGGGAUGAAUGAACAGUUGCUAAAGCCGUUCUCGGGUGAGGAAGUCAAGAAAGCCCUUUUCUUGAUGGGUCCAAAUAAAUCACCAGGGCCGGAUGGAUUUACAGCGGGCUUCUAUCAACACCACUGGGAGGUUAUUGGGCCAAGUCUAACGCGGUCAGUGCUCGAUUUCAUGAAUGGGGCUACAGUGCCCGAUGGUUUGAAUCAGACGACGGUGAUUCUGAUCCCCAAGGUUAAAAACCCUCAAGAUAUUAAACUUUUUAGGCCGAUAUCACGUUGUAAUGUGCUCUACAAAAUCUGUUCUAAGGUGAUUGCCAAUAGAUCGAAGCUUCUGUUGGAGGAGGUGAUAUCAGAAGAGCAAAGUGCUUUUGUGUCGGGAAGAAUAAUAGCUGACAAUGUGCUAGUUGCUUAUGAGGUAGAGUGGGAUUAUCUCCAUGGUAUGCUACUCAAGUUGGGUUUUGCGGAGUCCUUUGUGAACUUGGUGAUGAAGUGUGUGACUACUGUCUCGUUCUUUGUUAGAGUCAAUGGAAAGCUAACGAAGUCCUUUAAACCUUCCAGGGGUAUAAGACAGGGGGACCCCAUCUCACCGUAUCUGUUUCUAAUCUGUGCUGAAGAAGCUUCCCAGAGAGGGGUUGACAGGAUUCAAAUGAUUCUUGAUGCUUAUAGCAAAGGUUCAGGGCAAUUGGUGAACAGAGAGAAGUCAGCAGUGUUCUUUAGUAAGAAUUGCUCUGAUGGGAUGAAAGCUGUUGUUAGGGAGGCACUUCAUAUUGAAAAGGAAGCCUUAGCUGAAAAAUAUUUAGGCCUCCCUACUGCAAUUGGGAGAUCAAAGAAAGGGGUCUUUGAGUACAUGACAGGUCGGUUGAGAGGACUUGUUGGAGGUUGGAGUGGGAAGGAGGCUAGUUGUGCAGGACGAGAGGUUCUUCUCAAAUCAGUAGCACAAGCGGUGCCUACAUAUCCCAUGAGCUGCUUUCAAAUACCACUGGACACUUGUAACAAGAUGAGGUCCAUUAUUGCAAAUUACUGGUGGGGGAGUGCCACAGAUAGCAAACGAAUCCACUGGCAAAAAUGGGAUCAUCUCACUCGACCAAAGAAACAAGGUGGAAUGAGUUUUAGGGACCUUCAUCUUUUCAACCUAGCUAUGCUAGGAAAGCAGGGAUGGAGACUUAUUGAAAGACCUGAUUCUUUAUGUGCAUGGGUUUUAAAAGGGAGAUACUAUCAUGACAUAGAUUUUUUCCAGACCAGGAGAAGGAAUCAUGCUAGCCAGACUUGGAGAGCCAUUCUGGCUGGUCGAGAGGUGUUAAAGCUAGGGUUGAUCAAACGCAUCGGUGAUGGAAAGUCUAUAAGGAUUUGGGACGAUCGGUGGAUACCAAAUUAUCUUGGGGGAAAACUGAUCACACCAAGUGGUGAUGCAUGUUUUUUGUUAGUGGCUGAUCUGCUUACGUCGGAAGGCAAGUGGAGGGAAGAGUUCAUACGUGAAAAUUUUGUACACAUGGAUGCCGAGGCUAUUCUAAGAAUCCCGACACAGAUGGGUGGUACUGACUAUUGGGCUUGGGCACUAGAGAGACAUGGUCAUUAUUCUGUCCGCUCAGCGUAUAAGAUUCAGUAUGUGAAGAAACAACAGGAGAAAGAACCCAAUGUUGCAUCCUCUUCAGCUAAUGAUGUAUGGGGGCGAAUUUGGAAGGUUAAAGUUCCGCCGAAAGUACAAGUGUUUUGGUGGCGGGUGAUGCAUGAAUUCCUACCAUCAAGACAAAUUCUCAGGCGCAGACAUUUGGAGCGGCUAGCAAACUGUGAACGAUGUGGUGCUGAUGAAGAAUCAGUUUUGCAUGUGGUGGUGGAGUGUACGCUGGCGAAGAGGUUUUGGAAGUCUAUUAAACAGCUCAUAGGGGUCAAGCUGCCAAGGCUUCAACCGUUCAGGCAUGGGGGUAGUGUGCUGCCGAUCCAUCAAGCAGUGGCAUGGGUCAAGGAUACUUGUUUUGAUCUUUGGAGAAUUAAUCAUUCGGAAGGAACUGAAAAGCAGCCGGUAGUAAUCAAACAGUGGGAGAAAUCUGAACAAGGAUGGGUUAAAUGUAAUAUUGACGCAUCGUUUUCUCUUACCAAUAACACUGGAUCAUUGGGGAUGAUUCUACGGGAUCAUAAUGGCCAGUGUAUUGGAGGAGGAGCAAAAUGGCAGGUUCAUUGUCUGGAACCUCUUGCUGUUGAAGCGACCGCUUGCAUGUACGGUAUGGAAAUGGCUAGGAGUAGAGGCUUUCGUGUUUUAAUUAUUGAAUCCGAUUGUUUGGAGUUGGUGUCUCUUUGGCAUAUGGAGAGGGUCCAACGUUCUAGGAUCACGCCUUACUUUCGGAGGAUGAAGGAGCUCUAG